AUGGACCCGGUCAAGUACAUCUUUGAGAAGCCCGCUCUCACCGGGCGGAUCGCUGGAUGGCAGGUUUUGCUAUCCGAGUUCGACAUAGUCUGCGUCGCCCAAAAGGCGAUAAAGGGGAGCGCCUCGGCGGACUAUUUGGCUCUGCAACCUCUCAAUGAUUAUCAACCCAUGCAUUCCGAGUUCCUAGAUGAGGACAUCAUGGCCUCAUUUGAAGAGAAGCUAUACAAGGACAGAGACAAGUGGAUCGUGUGGUUCGAUGAAGCAUCAAACGUUCUGGGCCAUGGCGUUAGGGUAGCAUUGGUCUCUCCGGACAAUCAAUGCAUACCUUUCACGACCAGGCUUGGUUUCGACUGCACCAACAACAUGGCUGAAUACGAACCAUGCGCCCUGGGUGUCCAGGCAACAAUUGACUUCAACAUUAAGCUACUCAAGGUAUACGGAGACUUGACGCUGGUGAUUCACUAG